AUGUCGGGGAUGCUGGAGGCCCUGCGGACGUUCCAUGAGGAACCGGCGGACGUGUCAAGCGUCCCUACUACACGAGGGACAUGGGCAGCCGUGUCAGGUACCACAGCAACUUCGACCUGUUCCACUCGCCGGCGGCCACCUGGCGCGACACGCUCUACCUGGAUAUGGCGCCGACCGGCCCGGCCCCGGAGGAAAUCCCGCCGGCGUGCAGGCCCUGGGCCUCCACCGGAGAUAGCUGGAGCACGACGCCGGCUGCGUGGACGGGGUCAGCGUCGUCGGCCACUACUACCCGCCGUGCCCGGAGCCGGAGAUAGCUGGAGCACGACGCUUGGCAAGACCAGGCACUCCGACCCGAGCUUCCUGACGGUGCUCCUCCAGGACGGCGUCGGCGGCCUGCAGGUCCUGCUCGGCGGCCGCUGGGUGCGCGUGCCUCCCGUGCCCGGCGCUUUCGUCGUCAACAUCGGCGACUUCCUCCAGCUCAUGUCCAACGACAAAUUCAAGAGCGUGGAGCACCGGGUGGUGGCUGUGGACGCCGGGGCGCCACCGCGAGUCUCCGUGGCAUGCUUCUUCAGGCCGCGUGGCGCGGCGGCGUCGACGAGGGUGUACGGACCGAUCCCUACGGACACCCUGGGGACGAAGCCUCCGUCACCUCCACGCUACAGGAGCACCACGGCGGUGGAGUUCAUUAACCAUUAUAUGGGCAAGGGCCACGUCAGCAAAUCUGCACUAAAGCACUUCAGAAUAUAA